ACUUUCAACAGUUGGCACUACACGUUUUCAAUAUUUUCGUACUGCUUGAAGUACAUGACACUACUGUCGAAAGAGAAGAUUAGUUUUGAAGUUGUAAAUGUGGGCUGCGUUACGUUUUAACAAUGGAAUUUUCUGACAUUCCGUCGUGUUUACAGGAUUUUAAUGAUUUGGGUUCCGAUUUUAAAGUUCUAGAGGAACUUAAUCGAGAAUAUCUUAAGAAGUUGGAUGAGGUUUCAGACCUGCAGGCAAAAUGUGUGAAAGAAAUAAAUCACCAGCGAUACCGAAUGAACAUCAUUAAUCGCUCUCUAAAGAGAUUAAGAAAAAGAGCUGAGGAGAAAGAUGUGAAGACUGUUUCGGACCUGGAUAAAGACUUGCAGCGGAGAGAGGUUAAUUUAAAUGAAAUAGAGCAAUGUUUACCAAAGCCGAAUGGUCUCUAUUUGAGAAUUAUUGUGGGAAGUGUGAAUGUUUCCAUUCUCAACAAAAAUGACAAGUUUAGAUACAAAGAUGAAUAUGAAAAAUUCAAACUGGUGUUAAGUAUUAUUGGAUUUGUUCUCGCUGUUCUGAACCUGCUAGUUAAUUUCCGGGUUUUGGAGCUUUGUUUGCUUUUCCUGUUGGUUUGGUACUACUGUACUCUGACUAUAAGAGAAAGUAUAUUGAAAGUUAAUGGAUCCCGCAUCAAAGGAUGGUGGCGACUACACCACUUUAUCUCAACGGUUGAAGCAGCUAUUCUCUUGAUAUGGCCUAACAACAGUGCUUGGUAUCAGUUCCGAACGCAAUUCAUGUGGUUCAAUGUAUACAUUAGUAUUGUUCAGUACUUGCAGUUCAGGUAUCAGCAAGGAAUUCUUUACCGUCUGAAAGCUCUUGGGGAACGACAUAACAUGGAUAUAACUAUUGAAGGCUUUCAUUCGUGGAUGUGGCGUGGUCUGGGGUUUCUUCUACCCUUCCUUUUUGUUGGAUACGUUUUCCAGCUUGUUAAUGCAUACACAUUGUACAACUUGUCAUUCCACCCUGAAGCAACUUGGCAGGUCCCCGUGUCUUCGGGAUUAUUCUUUGUGUUAUUCAUUGGCAAUGCUGUCACCACAUCACUGGUUAUUCCCCAAAAGCUAAGAGAGCAGUACAAUAGUGGUAGUAAACCCAUGGGGAGCCACAGUAAGACCCAGAUGCCCAAUGAUAUGUCUGCUCAAAAUGAAAAACUGCAUAAUAAAAUGAAUGCUGUGAUAGAAGAGACAAUGGCUACAGGAGCACAAAAAUCAGUUAAAUCGGAUGAUACCAAAAAGGAUGAAUGAUUAAACUUUGUAAAUUUAGGUCAGUGUGUUAGUUGUCAGCCUAUUUGUGGACCUGGGGAUAUGCUGUAUUAUUCUCUGUGGCUCUGCUGGAUACAUGACGAUUGUAUAGAAAUGUUGUUGAUUUAAGAGUCUAUGUAUGAAAUUGAUUGUUAAAUUUGUAAAAGAUGCAGUCUGUAGAUGUGUGGUAACAUUUUACCUUCACAAUAAUUCUGUAAAAAUGCAUGUUAGUGAAAAAGCAUGUGUAAGAGUUAAUCAUGAAGUACAAUGUACUGGUUAUUCGUGGUGUGCAUAUAUAUCACUGAGAUUUGAGUUGUAAAAUGUACUGUGAAUAGGUACAAAAAGAACUCACAAAGUGUUAAUAAAUAUUAUUGUUUUCAA